AUGUUGUCGUACCCUAUCAUAGCUCUGCCUCCACUUCCAGGACUGAUUUCAGAGUUUGCAGCCUUGUUCCCUCUUGUCAAACAUUUGAGCAGCCUUCAUCGUGAUCACCAGAUCGUUGGGGAAACCGCCUUGUUAUGCAAACUUCACGUAGGUCUGUUUCCGAAGCUGGGGUUUCUGACGGGCCUUUCGAGAUAUCUCAGCUGUGGUUCGGAGUUCCUCGAUAGAGCUAGCUCACGAGGCCUGGCUGGUUCGACUGUGUGGGAUGUGAGCUGGGGCAGCGUGUUCCCUUGUGCAAACGGGGGACUUAUCGACCUUGUUACUCUUGACGUAUUGUCAAAACCAGACAUUGUGAUGAUCGGAUGCUGUUCUCAAGAGCGCGGGAUAAAACAGUCGAAGUCUGAACGUCCUUGGUACACCGGAAAGUGGAUCGUCGAGGGCUUGUCGCGGCUAAAGCAGGAGCCUUUAAAAGGGUGCAAACACUUCAGUCGGCCCCAAGUCUUACACGUGUUGCAUUUCACCAGAAAGCAAGUUAAUGUCCGUGGCAUUAGAGGAUGGAGUCGAAUGAUGGAAAUGAGAACUUUCGAAGUGCUCCGAACGAUACUAAUUGUUUUGAUUGCUGGUUUCUUCAGCCUUGUGGGUGCAUAUGGAUGUGCUAUUAUCCUUGUGAAUGGUCUGAUUUGCCGGUGGGUAUCCAAGACAUGCAUUGCUAGGCGGCCGGUUGGAUAUCUCGACAACAACGAGGAUCACGAUGCUUGGAUGCUGCGAGCCAUCCAUGCGAACUCGACAACCUGGCACCUAUACACCGGUGAUCGGGGGGUGGUAGACUGGAUACUGAACAAAACGAUGAUCGAGAUUCCUGCUACAAAAUUCCACUCCAUAGCUGCUCGCCUGCUGAAGAUGGGAAAUGCAAAUCAGCUCAUGGCCAUGGCGUAUGUCGCCGCUCAUAAAGGUUGGGACGGCGUGUUCUUACUUGCCAUCAUGGUAGCCGAUCUUAUUCUCCUGUGGCCUUCGCAAGGCACCCAAGCAGCGAGGAAGUGGCGAAAAUCCGAAGGAAUAGAAGUGCGGUCAAAGAGUUUUGCGUUUACGGGGCGCACGAUCAUGAUUGGAGCUAUUCAAAAAUUGAGCGGGUCGAAAAACACCGUAUGGAUGAACGAGAUCCUUGUGCCACAUCCCAGGCGAGAAGUUUGGCUAUCGAAGCUCAUAAACGAUGAGGAGGACAACGCGCCGCUAAACGUUGAUAGAGCAAACUUGACUGAGCGUGAUCUUAAAAAGGUCAACCUUACUGCCGAGCUUUCCAGGGGGGCUGCGACUUGCAUUAGUGAACAUUUCAGAGAAACGAACUGCUUCAAACUGGAAGUAUGA